AUGGGAUCGCUUUUGGACCGCUUCAGCCCCCAGCUCUCCACUUAUACAACGGGGGACCUGGGCCCACGGUCGUCGCUGAUCGACCGCAUCUCAACCCAGCCGGUUGCUGACCCCUUGACGAUCGACGCCCUCGAAGCAGUUGAAAACAGUAUAGCUUCCGGCGCCACAAGCCCUCGCGCCCCUUCCCUCUCUGUGGAUGCCACUGAAGACGAAGGCCACCAAGCAACUCCUCUGCCUGUCUCCUCUGCAGCUGUCGACAGCUUCUUGGCCAGUGUUCUCAGCAUAGACGUCCCGUCGAGAGCAUCGCGCAGCCCCAGCAGAUUAGCCCCCGACGACUGCGUUAUGCGCCAUUCAACAUCCGAGGUCCUUGACGAAGGACGCAAUCUUUUUGUAUCGCGGGUGGUGGACAUCGCACAGCGGAGAGGCGCAAGAGGUAAUGGAGCAAUCGAGGAACGUGCUGAAGCAUUGAUGUCCACCAAGUGGCUCAAUGAGAUGAUGGAACACGGUCGCAAGGCCGUCGUCGAGAUGCAGCGGUUGUCCUCAGAGAAGGACAUAGCCAGUGUCGCUGGUCAGAAGAGAAAGAGGGACGACGAGGCCGAAGGUAUGCUUAUUCAGGCGACCGAGCAUCCUCAAGUUGAGCCGCCCGUAAGAGUGGCCACGCAAUCCGUUCCUCAAUUACCGGCGGAAACUGCUGUCUCCUCGCCAACCGCGAAGAGAGUCGGUGCUCCCGCCACCCUGUUCGAGACGACCUUGGCUUCUGCUCAACGUGUCAUGGAAGCCUACCUUGCAUCCGAGGCUCCCGAACCUUCGAAGGAUGAACCGUCUCCGGAGGCGCCUCCAGUUUCUGCGCGCUCACUUGCUGGACUUCCACCGCAAGAUACUCGGACUACACAAAUUACUUCCGAUGUGCCGGCUGAGCCGCCGUUGCAAGACACGCCCCUGGAGGUGAUUCCGACUAGCGCUUCUGUUACUCCGGCUGAAGCUCCAAUUCUCAACGCUACCUCGCAGACGUCCUCUUCGGCCCACCACGUCACAUCCACUGCAUCGUCGGAACAAUCUGCUGCGAAUGCUCCGCUUGCCACGCUUGUUCCGACGCCUAUCGACACACAGCCUGACGAAUCAUUAACACCAACACCGCCGCAGGAAGAGGCGCAGGCCUCGUCGGCUUCAGAGCAUGUCAGUCAUGUACCGGGGAUCUGGUCUGUGGUUGUUGGAAGUCAAUUGGCGGAGAUCAUGGAUGUUCAAUUUAUCGUUCAUCCCGACGUCGCUGCUUCGGCACGGCGCUGGGCUGAUAAAGCGCACAGUUUCCACGCCAACGACACGCACGCUAUCAUCCAUCUACUUUGCCUGCCCACGUCGGCCGUCGCUGCGCUAAAUCAGACGCUAGAAGUCACUGCCAGCCCUCGCGAGGUAGCAGACGCUAUGUGGAACAUUGGUACGAGAUGGCCUAUUCAGGGGACAAUCGUGGUGGAAGUGAAUCCAGGACACAGCGGUGGUUCCCAUGCAUUUCUGCCCCAGUCUCUGGGCCCUAAUGACGGCGCACUUGAUGUGACGGCAUAUGUUCAUGCGGGUUUGAACACAGUGCGCGUCAUACAGCUACGGGACACCUCGCCGUACGUGUUCGUGAUCCAUGCGACUGUUCCAUCUGCCGAGGAGAAAUUGCGGACCGAAAGGGUCCUCUCCGAGACGCAGGACUGGACACUGUUCCUUUCUCGAGCAUUGGGGAAUUCUGCCCUGGCGUCUGGGCAAACUCUGGUGCCUUCGGGUCCGAUGAUUAGGGGAGUGCUAGCCGCCGGCACGUUCGUCCUCUCUCUCCCGUCGUCUCUCAAACUGUCGAUUUACCUGAGGCGUCCGCGUCUGCUCGCGGUGAUGCUUUACAACUAUGCAUUCCCAAUGGUCUUGGGGACAUUCGGGGCCUUGGUCCUACUCAUCUUGGUCACCGUGUCCACCCCGCUAGUGCAGGUCAUCUACUUUCUCAAUACAUCGGCAGAUGAUGGUGUGAAGUUUGGUGUCCUGGGUUACUGCAGCAGUGUUCAAUGCGUCUCGCCAACCCUAGGGUACACGUACGGGACAGCGAUCACUGCCUCGUACAUACUUGUCCUCUUUCCAGUCGCUGCAGCUCUUAGCUUGAUCGAGCUGGUUUUCCUCGUACCACUUUUUUUCUAUCCACGCUCGCGCCGAUUCCCUUAUCUAUGGUUCUCUCUGCUGUCCCUUGUGACUGCUGUCAUCUCCAUCGCCGCGUUUGUUGGCAUGGUGUAUAUCGCCGCUGUUGCCUUGACCCGAUUCCAAAAUGCUUCAUCUACGGCCAGCUUAGGGCCUGCGAUCUGGAUGGCACUUGCAUCGGCAGUUGUACUCCUCGCAGUCGCUAUAAAUUCAAGCUGCGGUACAUGCUUCGGAGGCCGUUUUGGCCGAAAGUCAGAUGACCUUCUGUAA